AGAGGCAGCCGGCCCUUCCGAGGAGUUAUGGAUGUUGGUGUAUUCACUUCUGGCCAGAUCCGCGCCCAGAGGGAGCUAACCAGCGGCCUCCACCUCCAGCUGUCUCCUUGCCUCGCACCAGGUCUUACCCUUCCAGUAUGUUCCUUCUGAUGAGACAAUUUCCAGUGCCGAGAGUUCCAGUACAAUGUGGAAAUGGAUACUGACACAUUGUGCCUCAGCCUUUCCCCAGCUGCCCGGCUGCUGCUGCUGCUUCUUGUUGCUGUUCUUGGUGUCUUCCAUCCCUGUCACCUGCCAAGCCCUUGGUCAGGACAUGGUGUCACCAGAGGCCACCAACUCCUCUUCCUCCUCCUCCUCCACCUCCUCCUCCUCCUCCUCCUCCUCGUCCUCCUUUUCCUCUCCUUCCAGUGCGGGGAGGCAUGUGCGGAGCUACAAUCACCUCCAAGGAGAUGUCCGCUGGAGAAAGCUGUUCUCCUUUACCAAGUACUUUCUCAAGAUUGAGAAGAACGGGAAGGUCAGCGGUACCAAGAAGGAGAACUGCCCGUACAGUAUCCUGGAGAUAACUUCAGUGGAAAUCGGAGUUGUUGCCGUCAAAGCCAUUAACAGCAACUAUUAUUUAGCCAUGAACAAGAAGGGGAAACUCUAUGGCUCAAAAGAAUUUAACAAUGACUGUAAGCUGAAGGAGAGGAUAGAGGAAAACGGAUACAAUACGUAUGCAUCCUUUAACUGGCAGCACAAUGGGAGGCAAAUGUAUGUGGCACUGAAUGGAAAAGGAGCUCCCAGGAGAGGACAGAAAACACGAAGGAAAAACACCUCAGCUCAUUUUCUUCCAAUGGUGGUCCACUCAUAGAGGAAGGAAUGUUUGUGGAUACAGCAGAACUAACAGCCCUUUCGCCAGAACUAGUCGGUAUUCUUCAUGAAGACAGUAGCUCAAAAGGCAAAGACACAUUGCAGAUGUCUGCCUGCUUGCAAGAAAGGAAGUCUUUGAAGGUUUUGUACUCACUGCUGACAUAUGAUGUUCUUUUAAUUAGUUCUGUGUCAUGCCUUAUAAUCGAGAUAAUAGGCAGAUUAAAUGGGAUGGAAGUUAUUCCUAAGUGAACAACACUGUGGCUGGGUUUUUGGUUACGUUUUUGUUUAUGUUCUUGUUUUUGAACCUCUGAGAUAGAACUUAAAGGACAUGGAACAAUCUGUUGAAUGAUCUUCGGGAAAGUUAUUUAUGGAAUACGAACUCGUAUCAAAAACUUUCAUUGCUCAUUCAAGCCUAGUGAUUCAAUGAGCAGUAGGACACGCAAGCAUUUACUGGAAAGCACUUGGGUCAUAUCAUAUGCACAACCAAAGGAGCUUUGGGCGUGGCGUCACGGAAGAAUUGGAUAAGAUUUAAAAAUGUAAACAUGUUAGCGUAAAACUGUUCUAACAAAACAAAUAGUAUGGUAUGCUUGUGCAUUCUGCCUUCAUCCCUUUCUAUUUCCUUCUAAGUUAUUUAUUUAAUAGGAUGUUAAAUAUCUUUUGGGGUUUUAAAGAGUAUCCACAGCAGCUGCCCUCUGAUUUACCUUUUCUUUUUCUUCAGCACACCCCAUGCAUGUUCAUGACAAAGUGUUUUUAAAACUUGGCAAACACUUAAGACUAGGAGAGGAGCUAGGGAAGGAGGGUGAGAGCCCCAUGUAGUAUCAGUUAACUUAAUAUCACUUCUGCAACAAGAAGAAUCAACAGUAAAUAUGACAGUGCUGGGGCAUGGCUUGAUGAGACAUAUCUGCCAUCAUUUAGAAAGAGCUAUCACUCCUAAGGCUUCCUUUCAUAAAAAAUAGACCAGAACGCCAGAUUCUUUUCUCUCAGUAUAUCCAUGGGUCUCCAAUACAAAAAGAAGGAAAAUUGUGAAGUAAAUUUUAGUAGCCUAGCCUCAUUAUUUGCUAAUGAUUUUUUGCCAUGUCUCACAGUAGUAAGUGAUGAAGAGGCUGUCUGCAUAUAUAAGAACCCUUUGUAAGUCCCACAUAGCACAUCUCCCCCAAAGGAAUUAUCAAGGAAUUUGAAGUGCAACCCUUCCAGGGGCUUAAACUGAGCAAAUAUAUCCUGGUAUAUGUCUAAUCACAUACGGAAACCUGUUCCAGCUAUAUGGCCUAGUCAUUACAAAACCAAAUAAAACUUAUUUUCUGUAAAUUUAACGAGCUUUGGAAGAUUCCAUAAUGUAACCGUAUCAAAAUUCAUUUUGUUAGAGCAGGCAUAGAAAACAAUACAUAGGAAUAUACCAGUCAUCGUCACAUUGUAUUCCACUAAAUAAACACAUAAGCCUUAUUUGCAGUGUCUGUAGUGAUUUUAAAAGAAAAGUGUAGAAAAAUACUAUUUGUUUUAAAUACUUUAAAUCAUAACUAUAAGAUUAUAUUGAUGCUGCGGUUUUAUCUUCAUAUUUCUUGUUUUGAAAAGGUCUGUUUAUUUUUAUUGUUCAGACACAGUAUUUUGGUACAAGGGAAAGACUCACUAAAUGUCUUUGUACUAAAGUUUAACCUCUAGAAAGGCUGGUGUUUUGUGAUCCUCUCUUAUAACUUCAUUGUGUCGAUACUUAACCAGCACUUCCAGUUAAUCUGUUACUUAAGAAUUAGUUUCAUUAAGACAUUUUCCCAUAAAGUUAUUCCAUUACAGGUCUUUAUUUUUUUCAUUCCUUAAAAAAGUUGGAAUUUCAAAAGAUAUGCAUUUGAGGCAGAGUGUUUUGGCUUAUGGCUAAAGUUGCAUUUCAGAGCAUUUGGCUUCCAACUUGCUUCUUGACAAAUCAGAUUCUAAAAAUGUUUAAUUUUUGUGGUUGGAAUCUGUAUGUUAAAAUAUAAUUGGUAACUGAGUCUGAGAGUUGUAAUGCAAUGUAUUGCUAUCAGAACUAGAUUAUCUUUGUUCUUUUAUUUUAAAAUAAUAAUUGCACCUGACACAUGAACACGGACCACCCAAAACCAAAAUUAAACGUUUGGUAAGACAAAUACAGUAUUAGAUGACUACACUAACAGCAAACAGGGCACAAACUGGAUUCGUAUUCCACAUAGCCAUUUAGAUUACCAAGGAGACUAUGUGUAAACAGGCAUCAUUAUUGCACUCGAAACACUAAAACAGCUUCUAGCAAAAUGUAUCAAAGCUUGCAGAAGCCAAAAAUAGAAAACAUAUCCCUCACCUCCCCCCCAACACACACACACACACACACACACACACACACACACACACACACAAGAACAGAAACAGUAUGGUAAGGAGUAAGGAGAUUCUCCUGCAUUUAAAAAUGGCAUCUUUGCUUGAUAAUUGAGACAGAAUUCUGGUCCCCUCUGCAGCUGGAUUGUGCUACUGAAGAAAAAGCAGUUCCAGUUCGGAAUAUGUUAAAAAGAAAUCAUCAUGAUUUGGGGAGCUCAGCCUCUGUGGGAAGUGUGGCCCCUGGCCAUGAUGUCAAAGCGUGUCAGCCACAAAUGUAUGUCCCCAUCUGAGUGUUGGUUCGGAGAAGACUCCUCAUAAAGUAUAGAAUCCCUUCCUCCUCCUACCUCCCAAAAGGCUGAACAGUGUAUAGUAUGUUACAUUUAAGUAAAUCAAUAAAAAUGCUGGGAAAGGAAAACAGAAAUAUUGUCCUUGUUUGUUUUAUUAGCCUAUACCUAACUAUACCUGGGAAUAGAAAGAGAGGCUCUAGUGUUCUAUGCAUGGCAGGAUGUGGUUAAAUGCCCCACA